AUGGCCUCCAUCGCGCGCCAGUCUUCUCCCCUCCUCCGGUCGGCGUUCCGCGCUCCCUUCGCGACUAAGAAUGUCGCGCAGGUUGUGGCUUUCCAUGCUUCCGCUAAGAAGCAGAUCUUGCCUCCUUUGCCUCAGACUAUUCAGGGAACGAUGAACGACCCCGCUCCCAUCCCCAAGUCUCACCCUACCGAGGGUAGCUACCACUGGACUUUCGAGAGAAUCGUCUCUGCCGGUCUCGUCCCUCUCUGCAUUGCUCCCUUCGCUGCUGGUUCCAUGAGCCCCGUCAUGGACGCCGUCCUCUGCUCCGCUAUCGUGGUUCACUCUCACAUUGGUUUCCACGCCUCCAUCACCGACUACUUCCCUACUCGCCGUGUCCCCAAGACCCACACCUUCAUGAUCUGGCUGCUCCGCGCGUUCACCCUCAGCACGGCCGUCGGUCUGUACGAGUUCGAGACGAACGACGUUGGUGUGACGGAGGCUCUCCGCCGGGUGUGGAACGCAUAG